GUUUUUAAUUAAUUGAUUCAAAUAAUUGAUAUCAUUUGAGCCAACUCAAACAUUAAAGCAAUAAAUUAAAGAUCAAAUUUCCCUAAACUCUUUAUAUGACAACGCUUAGAUGAUUCUAAUGUGCAAGACCUUUACCUCUAUCAAUAUUUGAUCAAUAAUGAGAUUAAUAACCCAAAAAAUACUAUAAAAAUUUGUGUAUAUUCACCUUCCAACCACAAAAAAAAUAAAAUAAAAUAAUACGGAGUAUACACGUGGGGCAAUUCUACCUGAAAAAUCCUAUAGCAAAUCAGAAAAUAUCCAGUCAUUCUUCAAUCUUUCUUCUAAAAAGAUGAAGAACCGGUGGUCGAGAGCUGAGGCACCCAAAUUUUGUCCAUUUUCUGCUCAUUUUAAUUUAACACUACCAAUAUUAUUUCCCUUUUACUCUUUUGCUUGCUAAUUUCUAUAAACUUGUAUGAUUUCAACUUAAAUGGGAUCAAAAAGAACAUAUUUUUAUUGAAUUUUGAUGGGUUUAGGCUGCAAAUUGAAUAUGAUGAGAUGUGUUCUUCCUUCACUUCGUUCUCCUUUCACCAUCAAUUCAUCCCCUCCUUGUUGUUCUACUUCAUUUCGAGGUAAAGAGCUUGAUUUUGGCUCAGCAAGGCUGUCUCUCUUGACAUUUGGCUUUGAUGAAAGUGAAAGUCUGCGUAAAGACACAUCAAGACCACAUGCAAGUUCUUCGUUACCACAAACUGCUGAGAAUGACUACUCAAACUUGGAGACGACUAUCAGUAAAAGACCCUGCAAAGGUUUGCAAAAUACUCUAGUACUACCAGAAGGAGACACCUCUAUGUAUGUUCGAAGUGUACAAGCCUGCAGUGCCUCACAUUUUCAUGUACUAAUGGAAAAUAUCAAUGUACUUGAGAAUAAAGUUUCUGAUUCUGAGUUAUUGAAGCUUGAAAGAGAUAUUCUAGUUCAAUUAGGAAGGCUGGGAGCACUGCAGCUGUUUCAUGCAUGUUUAUCUAGGACUGUUGAUAUGUUAGACUUACCCGAUCAGAUCACUGUAGAUAACCAAGUAAAUGUUAGAAAAGAUAAUGUUUUGAAAAAAAAUGUGGUUUUUUCAAAGAGGAAGGAAGAAAGAAAAUCAAGGCAACAGAGGAGGUUACAAGCUACCAGUAAAAAAUGUGCUUGUAGAUCAGAAAUUUCCAUUGAAAAUUCAAUGCAUCAUGUAGUUUCUUCUGCGGCAAAGAAGACCACGGCGAGAAGCAGAAGAGCAGUAAUUGCCAAAAAUGAAGCAGAAAUGUCAAGGGGAAUAAAGGUAGUUGCGCAACUAGAAAAGAUGAAAUCAACCUUGGAAAAGGAAUCUGGAAAGGUAGUGAGCUUAAAAUGCUGGGCUGAAGCAGCUGGUAUUGAUGAAAAGGUGUUGCAGCAUGAUUUGCACUUUGGUUGGUAUUGCAGGGACGAACUUCUUAAAAGUGGUCGCUCCUUGGUAUUGUACCUUGCGAGAUACUAUCGAGGACUAGGAAUUGCUCAUGAAGAUUUGAUGCAGGCAGGGAACGUUGGAAUAUUGCAAGGUGCUGAAAGGUUUGACCACACAAGGGGUUAUCAAUUCUCUACAUAUGUCCAGUACUGGAUCAGAAAAGCGAUGUCUCAAUUGGUAUCUCGGCAUGGAAGAGGGAUAAAAGUUCCAGCGACAUUGAGCACUACAAUAAGCCGCAUACAAAAGGCUCGAAAGACCCUAAAAAGAAGUCAGGGUAAACACCCUGAUGACGUUGAAGUUUCAAAAGUCACCGGUCUUUCCUUGGAUAAAAUUAAGUCUGCUGAUAAGUGCUUGCGAAUUGUGGGUUCAUUGGAUUCAAAAGUUGGAGAUAUAAAUAUUAAAUAUUUGGAAUGCACUCCAGAUACCUCACUAGAGAUGCCGGAAAAAACUGUAAUGAAGCAGCAUAUGAAAAACGACGUACAUAAACUCCUUAAAGAGCUUGAUCCAAAAGAGAGACGAGUUUUGAUCCUUAGGUAUGGAUUGGAAGGUCAUUGUAUGUCACUUCAUGAGGUCGGAAAGAUUUUCAACGUAAGCAAAGAAUGGAUAAGAAAAAUGGAAAAGAGGGCUUUCAAUAAGCUAAAGAACGAAGAGAACCGAAGAAAUCUAAAGCAUUACAUAGAUCUGUAGUCUAAGAUAACUCCAUUUAAAACAAAACUCGAAAAAAAUCAGAUGCCUUUGUAAUUUUCAUCCCAUGUAUCUUGUUGUACACAAAAUCCUUUGUAUAGAAGCAUAUAGAUUAUUCUGUCACAUUACCUAAAUUUCCUUCUUUUGGUCUAGUGUAAUAAAUAUACACUCUUUUUGACGAAGAAAUGUGCAUAUAGAGUAUACUACACUUCUCGUCAGAUACUCAGAUUGUUUA